AUGGAGCCAAAAGGGAUUGUCAAAGCCUUUCCCAUAAGGAAGAAGGUGAGGGGUGACUCGGGGCAAAUCAUCCCUCCAAAGAUCCCGAAAGAGGAAGGAACAGAGAUAUCUGAGGCUGAGUGGCUGAAACCCGUCACUGCCUAUGUGUUGCGAGCUGGCAUCGGCCAAGCCAGGGCCAAGAUCUUCCAUGAGCAGAUUGUCCAGAAUGGGGGUGUUGUACACACCCAGCUGUCCUCAGAGGUGACACACCUUGUUGUGGCUGAGGAUAUGGACUGCGAGCGAGCCUUUCGCCUCCUGAAAUUAACCAAGCUACCUCCAGGGCUGCAGCUGGUGAAGGCCUCGUGGCUAAGUGCUUGCAUCAGAGAUCAGAAGCUGCUGAGUACUGCUGGCUAUGGUGUCUUUAUCCCUCGCAGGUACUUGGAGGAGGGAGAACUACAGAAAGAGCAACAGCAGCAGGUCCUGGGCAGUGAAGAGAUCCAGCCCCCAGCAGAUGAAGGCACAGCAAAACCAAGUACUGAAGCACAGGUUGGGGAUACCUUGCAGCAAGACCUGGGCACUCUUGGACAGCAGCAACUGGCUGAGAAAGACUCUGAUGGUGAAGAUAGUGAAGGAGAAGAUGCUAGUGUCACCCAGGGAGAUCUGGAUGCAUUGAUUUCUGGCUGCUACCCUGUGAAAUCGCCAGAGGAGACCAGCAACAGCUCUUCCACAGUGGCCCAGCCUGUCAGCAAGUGGGUUUGUGCCCAGUCCUCCAACAGCAAGAAGACGAACCACAACCAAUGCAUCACUGAGAAGCUGGAAGUGCUGGCAAAGGCCUACUCUGUCCAGGGGGACAAAUGGAGAGCUCUGGGUUACACCAAAGCCAUCAAUGCCCUUAAGAGCUACCACAAACCAGUCACCUCCUAUCAGGAAGCCUGUAAAAUCCCGGGGAUUGGGAAGCGGAUGGCAGAGAAGAUCCUGGAGAUCUUGGAGAGCGGGCACCUGCGCAAGCUGGAUCACAUCAGCGAGAGCGUGCCUGUGCUGGAGCUGUUUUCCAACAUCUGGGGAGCAGGGGUCAAGACAGCUCAGAUGUGGUACCAGCAGGGCUUCCGGACGCUGGACGAUAUCCGCAGCAGGGCGACGCUCACCAGCCAGCAGGCAGUGGGGCUGAAGCACUAUGAGGACUUCCUGCAGCGCAUGCCUCGAGAGGAAGCUGCACAGAUAGAGCAGACUGUCAGACAGGCUGCCCUGGCCCUGAAGCCUGGACUCGUGUGUGUGGCCUGUGGGUCCUACCGUCGGGGGAAGCCCACCUGUGGAGAUGUGGAUGUGCUGGUCACUCACCCAGAUGGGCAGUCCCACCGUGGAGUGUUCAGCAAGCUGCUUGACAGCCUUCACAGAAGUGGCUUCCUUACGGAUGACCUGGUGAGUCAGGAGGACAACGGUGCUCAGAAGAAGUACCUGGGGGUGUGCCGCCUGCCGGGGCCGGCACAGCGUCACCGCCGGCUGGACAUCAUCGUGGUGCCCUACAGCGAGUUCGCCUGCGCCCUGCUCUACUUCACCGGCUCGGCUCACUUCAACCGCUCCAUGCGCGCCCUGGCCAAGACCAAGGCCAUGAGCCUCUCGGAGCAUGCCCUCAGCUCUGCCGUGGUGCGAGGCCCUGGGGGCGUCAAGGUGGCGCCUGGCCGCACGCUGCCCACUCCCACCGAGAGAGAUGUCUUUGUUCAGCUGGGGCUGCCUUACCAGGAGCCCUCAGAACGGGACUGGUGACACCAGAUUGUCACCCAGCACCCUGGCCCGGCUGCCGUCCUGCUGAUUUGAAGGGUGCUGAUGUCCCCAGUGCUGC